CCUGAACGCUUCACUCUCUCCUCCACAGCUCAGACGCCAGCCUCCUGAACCUUCAUCACCAUGACAUCCUUUGGCUCCAGGUCUGCUGGUGGAGGAACCUACCUGAGCAGCAGCAGGUCCAUGUAUGGGGCCAUCGGGGGCCCUCGGAUGAGGAUGUCCACCGCCAGCUCCGCCAUGUCGGUGUAUGGAGGUGGCAGUGGCGGCUUCGGAUCAGGUGGAGGAGCAGGUAGCUUCGGCUUCGGAUCAGGUGGAGGAGCAGGUGGCUUUGGCUUCGGAGCAGGUGGAGGAGCAGGUGGAGCCGACAGCAUCACCAUCUCAGCCAAUGAGAAGGCCACGAUGCAGAACCUGAACGACCGCCUGGCGUCCUACCUGGAGAAGGUCCGCAAGCUGGAGGCCGCCAACGCCGAGCUGGAGCUGAAGAUCAGGCAGUUCCUGGAGAAGAAGACGUCUCCUUCGGCCAGAGACUACAGCAGCUUCUUCGCCACCAUCGCUGACCUGCAGGGAAAGAUCCAGGCGGCAACUAAAGUAAACGGAGGCAUCCUGCUCUCCAUCGACAACGCCAAGCUGGCCGCAGAUGACUUCAGGGUCAAGUACGAGAGCGAGCUGGCCAUGAGGCAGUCGGUGGAGGCCGACAUCGCCGGGCUCAGGAGGGUUCUGGAUGAGCUGACUCUGGCCAGGAGCGAUCUGGAGAUGCAGAUCGAGGGCCUGAAGGAGGAGCUGGUCUUCCUCAAGAAGAACCACGAGGAGGAGCUGAUGGCCAUGCGCGCUCAGAUGAGCGGCCAGGUGAACGUGGAGGUGGAAGCUGCUCCAGGACAGGACCUCAGUAAGAUCAUGGAGGAGAUGAGGGACCACUACGAGACCGUUGCUGCCAAGAACCGCAGAGACCUGGAGGCCUGGUUCCAGUCUAAGACAGAAGCACUGAACAAAGAAGUCGCCUUCAGCACAGAAACUCUCCAGUCAUCCAAAUCAGACAUCUCAGAGCUCAAGCGGACUCUGCAGGGUCUGGAGAUCGAGCUGCAGGCGCAGCUUAGCAUGAAAGCCGGCUUGGAGGGAACUCUGGCAGAGACUCAGAACCGCUACGCCAUGCUGCUGGCGGGUUACCAGAACCAGGUGUCUAUGCUGGAGGAGCAGCUGAUGCAGCUGAAGGCCGACCUGGAGCGGCAGUCCCACGAGUACCAGAUGCUGCUGGACAUCAAGACCAGGCUGGAGAUGGAGAUCGCCGAGUACAGGAGGCUGCUGGACGGGGAGGGCGGCAGCAGAGUCCCCCCCGCCCCCCCCAAGCAGCCCACCCCGCCCACUAUCUCCACCACAAAGAAAGAAACCACAAAGAAACAGAUCGUCAUUAUAGAGGAGGUGGUGGAUGGGCAGGUCGUGAGCUCCUCAAAGGAGGAAGUGACCCUUUGAGGUCCAGCAGGAAGUGAUGUCACAGAAAUGAAAAUAAAGGUGCUUCCAAACCAGCUAUUUUUCUGAGGCUGCAGUUCCUCUGUUGACCACCGGGUGGAGCAUCAAGAAGAAAUUAGCUCAAAGGCUUGUCGAAAUGAGAUGAAAUAAAGCAAAUGAAAGAAAAAAAA